CGAAGGUCGUUGAAAAAAACUAACUGCUGUAUGAUGAUGAUGAUGAUGAUGGUGAGUGCGACGCACAGUUGACCGACCACCCGGUCACGUUACCGACCUGUUAUAUCACAGAGGAUAUCACCUCUUCAUUUCAUCUCAAGAUUCACACCAGCUGGGAUAGAAACGUAAAGGCUCCUCGCUAUAAAGCUGCUAUUUCCUGUGUAAACGGGCACAUGAGAUAAGAGAGAAGAGUCUAGAAUCAGCAGGUCACUGUCCGCUCCAGCGCUGGAUCUCUGGGUCACGGUAAACACGGUAAACGCGUCGACAUGAGGAGUUUACCGUGUUUCUGCCGGGGACAGGUGGUCCGCGGAUUCGGUCGGGGAAGCAAAGACCUGGGCAUCCCAACAGCGAACUUCCCAGAGUCGGUUGUGGACAAUCUCCCCGCUGACAUUAGCACAGGAAUCUAUUACGGAUGGGCACGCAUGGAUAACGGAGACAUUCACAAGAUGGUGAUGAGCAUCGGCUGGAACCCUUACUACAAAAACACUAAGAAAUCCAUGGAAACGCAUGUGAUCCACACUUUUAAGGAAGAUUUCUACGGUCAGAUAUUGAGUGUGGCCAUGGUCGGCUACAUUCGCCCUGAGAGAGGAUUCAAAUCACUUGUAACUCACGGUUGUGUCUUCCUCCCAGACGAGUUGAUAGCAGCAAUUCAUAGUGACAUUGAGGAGGCGAAGAUAAAGCUGGACCUGCCUGAGCACUUAAAACUGAAAGAGCAACAUUUCUUCAAGACGCCAGUAUCGACAACAGCCAAUCAGAUCUUGAACGGUCAUCGACUGUAACAUUCACUUUCACCAUCACCUAUUUAAAGCCUGUUUAUUACAUAUGCAGUUUGUUGUUUUCUUUAUGUUAAAAAGAUUUCUGUCCCCAUGUGGUGCUUUGGUCAAGUGCAGGCACUAUAUGUAUUUGUUCAUACGGUAUCAUCACGUAGCCCUUUUGUUUCUAUAUUUAUCGCAAAAAGGAGGAUUCAGGUUACUUACUGGUGAAUGAUCACUGCAGUUCACAGGGUAAACUACACGGAGCCCUUCCCAGAAUUCAGUGAUUGCCACGGAUGAUACUAUGUGAGAGUCAGGGAGUGUCAAAAUCUCUUCUUUCUGGUAAAAUUUAGAUGGAGAGUUAUUCCUCCAUCUUCACUUUAAUUUCAUUUUUGUUUAAGGAAGACUCUCUUUACAUGAAUAAAACGCUUUAACAAUAGUCAUACUUGGCGUUCCUCCUCUUUGAGAUGAAAUGAAUGCUUUUUAUGGUUCUCGGAGAACCGUGCCCAGAGGUGGAAGUCCAAGGCUGAUAUAAAGAGAGUUAAAGCCCAGGUUGUUUGUAAUAUGAGUGCAAAACUGGGCAGACAGAGAACAAACAGUGACUGAAGACAAAAUUAAUUUAAAUGGUCUUUUAAAUAUGUACAGAAGCUCUGCAUAGCAAACACUUGCUACUGUGUACACAUGUAUUACUAAACCUUAACCUAAAAUAAAAAAUGUUCCCCCUUUCUUUUACUCUGAAA